CUUAAUUAAUUGUACUAUUUAUUUAAAAAUACUACUAAUAAUAAUUAAAUAGCUAUAGCUAUCUCGAUAGUUAAUUAAAAGAUAUUAAAUUAAAAAAUAUUUAUUACUAGUGCCUCAAUAUUAAAUUUCUUAAUUAAUGAUGAAUUCAUUAGCAAUCAUAAGUGUAUUAAUGGUGACAAUGUAUGGGUGUGUCCGGUGUGAUGACCCAAAUAAUGGCGGGUUUACCGCUGGUAUAGAGUGCUCGGCACUCGUGGCCGAAGAUGUCACUCAAUGUCUUAAGGAUAACCUGCCGACUGACUUGGAUGCCUCCAAAGUCACUGAAUAUGGCUGCUGUAUGAUGUACCACAAUCAUGCCUGUGCCGUUAAGCACGCAAAAGCUAAGUGUGGGACAGAGGAUUAUAAGCUAUUUAAGAGUUAUGAGGACGAGAAACGGGAUAACAGUUUCGAGGAGUGCAAGGAUUACCAACAAUGCAAUCAUGGCUACCAUUCCCUACCAAACGCUAUAUUACUAUUAAUUAGCACUCUAUUGGUUGAGCAUCCAGUCACAAAGAGUGCUAAACAGGACGCUAAAUGUUCAGACGAGGCCUAUAAAGAAAUUAAGAGCUAUGAGGAUGAGAGACGGGAUAAAGAUUAUGAAUUGUGCAAACAUUACCAACAGUGCAAUCAUAGCUACCAGUCCUUACCAAGCUUUAUCUUUCAUAUUAAUACGUAUAUGACCUUGGAGAUCUGUACUUUCCAUAACGUAACUAACACUUAA